GACGGGCGUGCAUGCAGCCCCCUUCGGAGCGCACUCUGGACUUAACCGCUCAGAGGUGGGGUGGGGGCCCACCGCAUCCAUAGCCAUGGCCCUCUGCGCAACCUCCAGUUCCCGGACACUGCCCAGCCUGGCCGAGAGCAAGGCCUCCCCUCGUUCCUUUUCCAUCGAGAGCAUUUUGGGACUAGAGCCGAAGAAGGAGAGCAGCCCAGACAUCCCUCCAUCCAAGCCCUGGACAGAUUCCUGCUGUCCCUUAGUUUUAGGAGAAGAUGGGAAUCCAUGCCUAUCCAUCCCAAUCUUGCCCAGCAGCAGCUUGCUCCCUCACCCCGGAAAUUAUCCUCAACAAGAAGAAAGGAUCUUGAAAUAUGAAAAAUAUGUGUCAGCCUCAGAAAGACUGUCUUUUAAAAGAGAGCUGAGUUGGUAUCGAGGCAGGAGACCAAGAACUGCUUUUACCAGGAACCAGAUUGAAGUAUUGGAAAACGUCUUUAGAGUAAACUCCUACCCUGGUAUUGAUGUCAGAGAAGACCUGGCUCGGAAAUUGAAUUUGGAGGAAGAUAGGAUCCAGAUAUGGUUCCAAAAUCGCAGGGCGAAACUUAAAAGGUCUCACAGAGAAUCCCAGUUCCUAUUGGUUAAAAACAAUUUGAAUACAAAUCUCUCCAAAUAGGAAGAAGUCUUUGUGCUGGUAUUCCAAUUGUAGACUGAAUGAUGAGCUAGUAGAG